AACCGGAAGGACUGACAGCAUGGUUGUUACAUGCUUUGGAUGUGGGGAUUUAACUUUGCUUUAACUUUAACUUAACUAUAAUCACUAUUUGUAAUCAGCAUUUUUUUUACUAGAGGAGGUACUUAUUUAUUUAUAUCGCUUUACUGGAAAAUCUUUUAUCGGUCAUCCUCAUCAUCGUAUAUACACAGAAAUAAAUGUAUGACUUACAUGAUACGGUGCGCGUCUAUCUUUACAGUUAAGUUUAAAUAAACUGUGGUUUCGUUUACAGUUCUGAUCCCCUGGUAGACAUGUCUAAAGUACAAAUAAAGCAACCCACUACUAACAACCAAACUACAUUAUAUAAGGAAAAAGCCAAAGCAGGCAAAAAAAGGAAAUACUUUUACGAACAUAUGGAGCCCAAACCGAAGGAAGUAAAGAAACACGUAUUUCUUCCUCCAAGAAAUGCUGCAGAUUUUUCGGCGAACUGGAAAAGCCUUCAUAUGGUGCUCAACUCAGAAAAGAAUACAAAUGCAAAGAAGCUUAAUUCUUUACCAGUUAAAGAGUCUCACAAAGCUGCACAGUGGGCCAAAGAAGAAACAAAUAUACCAGCUCAUAAAAACGUAAAUCAAUCAAAACUGCAGGGAUCUGAAGUGGCUGGAAUUGAACAAAGAAGGAAUCAUCCUAAACAGCACAAAUCUCAGAAGAGGAAAAUGAAUGAUGCAGAAGGACAACAAAAGAAACAGACAGACAAAAGGAAGAACAUUGAAGAAGCAGAAAAAAAGCCAACAGAGGCAGAUAUCUGGUUUGAUGACAUCGACCCUGAUGACAUUGAGGCUGCUGUCGGCAUGGAGGCUGCUAACAUUGUGAGGAAGAGGAGUGGCAUAACUAAAACAGAUGCCAAAAUUAUACAGAGCACGGAACAGUUGCUGGCCAAGAGGAGCACUUGCGAUGGAUUGACACACGCCAUUGCUAUGGAUUGUGAGAUGGUAGGGGUGGGGACUGGAGGAGAAGAGAGCAUGUUGGCACGUGUCUCCAUCGUCAACUACUUUGGCAAGUGUGUUUAUGACAAAUAUGUUAAACCAACAGAGAAAGUCACUGACUACAGGACAGCUGUGAGCGGCAUUCGGCCUGCUGACAUUGAACACGGAGAGAUAUUUAAAACUGUACAACAGGAAGUGGCUAAGAUUCUGGAGGGACGAAUAUUAGUGGGACAUGCCAUCCAUAAUGACCUAAAGAUUUUAUUAUUGGAUCACCCAAAAAGAAAUACAAGAGACACUCAGAAGUACAAACCAUUUAGGAAGAUAGUAAAGAGUGGACGUCCUGCAUUGAGGGUUUUGUGUCAGGAGAUUCUGAACGUUCAAGUACAGCAGGGAGAGCACUCAUCUGUCCAGGAUGCUCAGGCCACCAUGCGUUUAUACACACUGGUGAAGAAAAAGUGGGAGGCAGAGCUUAAAUCCAGCAGGGGAAGGACCACCAGCCAGAAAAGCUCUCGGAAGCCCAGAGCAAAAGCUAACUUGAAAACAGAGCAAAUGAAAUGGAGCUGAAACUGGAAGUAAAUGAAAGAAGCUUUCCAAGUGAUAAGUGUUUCCAUCAGUAAACAACUAUUAACAGUUUUGUAAGUCUUAUAAUUAGUAACAUCUGUCAUGUCAUAUAAUUUUGGGUUGAAUUUAAAAAUCAAAGAAUUUCCACGUUACUUCACAGAUGACUGCAAGUGAAUAAUAUGGUCAUUACACUGGUAUUCCUCCAGUGCUGAACUUUGGAAAUGUUCCACAUAUAUGUGUAUGCAUACAACAUAUAUUUGUAUUUUAGACCCAGUAGGAGCUAUGUCUAACAGUUUGUUUUAUUUCUUAAAUUCGUUCUAUUAAAAGGCAUGAAAUCUG